AUGCUGCGCGCUUCUUCAAGGCCUGCGUUAAGCAAAAUAAUCCCUCGCCUUUCUGGUGUUGAUGGUGCUGCUCGCAAAUGCCGCACUUCUCAAGCCAGUGGGAUUGGAGCAAUAAUAAAUAAAAGCUUUGCUAGUCAAUCAAAGCUGCCUCCGCAGAAAUCCGAACCUAAAGUGCGUCCUGAUCCGACAAGCUUCAGCCCUCAACCAACAAUCACCUCUGAGAGACUCGCAAAGACAGAGACUCUCGACUUUAAAUCUUCAGCACUACCUACAAGAAAUGAAUCGUCACCCAAUGCCUUGCCUAACCCUCAACCAGCUAUCCCAGCUACCACCAAGCGAAGGUUUCUGCCAAAGUUCAUAACAUCAAUAUUAUUACUUGGGGUACUUGCGUAUGGGGGCGGAAUCUAUUACACCAAAUUCAAUGACAAUUUCUACGACUUUUUUACCGAAUAUGUCCCAUUCGGAGAGGAAGCAGUACUUUACUUUGAGGAAAAAAACCCUCAAAAAAGAAACACUGAUCACUCAGGAUUAAAAUCAAACAUGGUAGAAGGAGACAUGAUUAGAUUCCCUAGCCAGAGUGGUGUUUCAUGGAGGUUGGCAGAUGCACAAGAUUUGGGGUCAACUGGACGGCAUGCAAAUGCCACAUCAUCGUACGCGAAACAAACUGAACCUCAAAUAGAAAAAGAAGUAUCCAACAACCCAACCUCCAGAGAAAAUUCGAGCCAAAACACAGCUUCAACAAACAAAUCUUCAAACUCAAAUCAUUCAGAAACCAACGAGAAGCUUCCAGCCCUAGCAAAACCACAUGAUAUUGCCGACACUUAUACCACCAGGAUCGAACCCUCACCAAAAUCUCCUCUCGAGAUAGAAUUUAUAGACCCUAUAAACAUAGAAAAUGCAAAUGAGCCACUAGUUCAAGACCUCGUUAGGAUAAUAAACAAUGUUAUCACCGUCGUUAAUGCAGACAAAUCUGGUGUAAAAUUCUCCAGCACCAUCGAGAAAGCCAAAAAAGAGCUGUCGCAAGUAGGCUCUCGCAUUAGAGCUAUCAAAAAUGAAGCCAUGUCAGACGCUGAAUCCAAGAUCCAAACUGAAAAGGAGGAUUUCGAUCGAGCAGCUAAGGAGCUUGUUAGACGAAUUGAAGCUGAAAUGAAAUUACAGCAAUCUAACUGGCAAGAAGAAUAUCAAGCUGAACGUCAAAUUAUACAGGAAACCUACGAAAAAAAGCUCAAUGUAGAAAUGCAACGCGCAAAUGAGCUAAAUCAGCAACGAUUACAGAAUGCACUCUUAGAACAGGCCCUCGAAAUGAAGAAGCAGUUUACUCAGGAGAUUAAAGAUCGUGUAGAAGAGGAGCGCAACCGACGUUUAGGAAAGCUUACAGAUCUUUCCAAAACUGUUAAUGACCUUGAAAAACUAACUACCGACUGGAAUUCGGUUGUAGAUUUUAAUCUCAAAACACAACAACUUCACGUUGCUGUUGAAGCAGUACGUACAUCGCUGGAGAAUAGUGAUGAGCCUCGCCCUUUUGUUCGCGAACUCUUGGCGCUUCGUGAGAUUGCCUCGGAAGAUCCAGUUGUUAACGCUGCUAUAACAUCUAUCAACCCUAUCGCAUACCAGAGUGGAAUUCCCUCUCCAUCUCAACUUAUUGAUCGCUUCCGACGUGUUGCUUUCCAGGUCCGUAAAGCAGCUCUAUUACCCGAGGAUGCAGGUGUUGCAAGUCAUGCGAGUAGCUUAAUUCUUAGUAAACUCAUGUUCAAGAAAAAAGGCCUCACCUCCGGAGAUGAUGUUGAGAGCGUGCUUACACGGGCCGAGUUUUUCCUCGAAGGAGGUGACUUAGAUUCUGCCGCAAGAGAAGUUAAUGGUCUUAAGGGCUGGGGAAAAACUCUAAGUCGCGACUGGCUUGAUGAAGUGCGUAGGGUUUUAGAAGUGCGGCAAGCCCUCGAUGUCAUUGCGACAGAGGCAAGGUUAAAGAGCUUAAUUGUAGAUUAA